UUAAAUAUUAUUUUGGUGUCAGCCAUUGUCACCAGGCCAUUUAGCAACUUUUCCCUGGAUCCCGCGUAUAAAAGUUGGAAAACAUUUUUGCACACUGUCUAUUGUUAUCCUGACAACGUUGGAGAAUGAAACUCAUCGUUAUCCUGUCUGUCUUCUACUUAAGCUCGGCCAAUCCGGUCGAUGUACGUUCGAAGCCAUCAGGUAAUCCUCUCCAAAUGAUUGAGCAAGAAACGCUUGAUCAUCUCACCGAAUUAGUUCUGGCUUUGAAAUCAGAUGAUAUUCCGAAACACAUCAGUGAACUACCGUUGUCGCAAAUGACUGGGUGUAUUACGCCCUUGCAACGUGGACUUAUCAAGACCUGCAUUUUGAAAUCAAAUUGUAGCAUCAAAUCGGGAAGUGUGACUUUAUCGGAUUGCAGCAAAAUGGAAAUUUUAACAGAUGGGGGACACGAAGAUGUUUCUUCUGAUGUUAUUCACCAUACAGCACAGUCCAUAUUUCCCAUGGUGAUGGAGUGUGUAGUUGGAACGCUUAGUCCACCGGGCAUGGCCGGUUUCACGAACAUUACGUAUUUGAAACAAGGAAUAAUUGACACAACUUCGCUGUCCGAGGAGCAAAGAACCAGUGCCUUACCUGUACUGGAAUCAUGUUUGUCAUCGACUUUUACUUUGCCUAAAAUCAAUGGUAUGGAACAAUUAGCUGCGAAGUCGAGCGAAGGCAUUAAUUCGGCCAUUGCGACGAAAGCCAUGAUCUGCGCAGCGAAGGCAAUAUUACUAAACGGAUGCUCGACCGUCGUUCAAACCAGAAUGGCAGGGCAACAAAUUCAAAUGUCCGCCAACGUAGCUGUCAUGAAUAGUAACGACUCUGCACGGUCAAACAAAGAAGUGGUUGUUGGUACCUCUUCGGUUUGCAAUAAAACUCCAGUGGCCAAAUCCAGUGAAUAACACGAUAGAAAAAAAUUCUUUUCAACCCGACGAUUGUAAUAAUGGCAACGAUGUAUCAAGAUCCAGCAUCAAUGAUUACAAAUUGUCCGUGUUCUG